AUGGACCAUGUGUCCGUCUUUCGGGCUCAGAUGGCGCUAUACGGAACUUCAGAUGCUCUGAUGUGCAGGGCAUUUCCUACAACCCUGAGAGGGUCGGCUCACACAUGGUACAGCGGCCUGAAGACCGGGGGAAUCGCCUCCUUCAAUCAGCUUGCCAAGGAGUUUGAGCUCAACUUCCUAGCUUUGGCCCAACCAAAACCAUCCGUCACCCUGCUCCUUCGACUAAGCCAAAAAGAGGACGAACCCCUCUCCCAUUUUGUAAAUCGAUUCGUCGCGGAAAUCCGGGGUUUGUCAUAUGCUCACCCCUCCUUGUUGAUGCAGGCAUUCAUGGCGGGUCUCCAUCCCUCUAGGUUCUUCUAG